AUGAUCGGAAAUCAAAGCCACUCCUCUCAAAAGGAUCUGGAAAAAGCAAAUGGCCAAGGCAGGACUUUGAGGGCCGAGAACGCCAAUCUGAGGAUUGAGAACGAUGAGUACAAGCGUGAGCUCAGAGACGCCGAGAUGAGACUGGAAGCGGAGAGUAGUCGUGUACAGUCGCUCGAGGCAACCGUCCGUGAAUGUCAGGCAGUGCAGCUGAAGUCGGUGGAAAGUACAUCGUGGAUGCCUCAUGCUAGAUCGGACAUCCAGCAUCAGCUGGAAUCAAUUCAGACCCAGAUCCGGCAGUGGGCAAAGCAGUACUCGAAGAUCUCAUUUGAAGACUUCAUGCAAUCUCAUGAUUUACAGAGACUGUCGUCCAGACUUGUUGUUCGCGGUUGUGCACCCAGCGAGGAAAAGCUGCUGAAUGCUAUACUCGACAACGAGACCAUGAGAAAGCCAGGAAGAGCAUCUGGGCUCCUGCUUGGAGCAGUGAUCUCUAUUGACAUCCUCACCCGCAUCAUUCAAAACCCGUUCUUUGCAUUUGAAGGCAAGGAAGAAGAGGAUCAUCUUCUCAACGGCGCUCAAGGGAGCGCCCUGCGGGGAUUGACCAAAUUGAUUCGAAAGAGCGACGAGACUGGCGCCGAGGGGCUGAGAUGCCACGUGCUUCGCCUACUUGACCCCGCAUCAAACGACAAGGAUCCUCGUGUCGCGAUUGCAAAAAAGAUCGCCAGCAAUAGCCGGACAUUCGUAGCGCGCAGAAUGGCGAGAGAUAUGGUGGUAUCUGUUCCGAGUGUACUCGGCGGCGUUGGUGGACACGAUGCGCUCUCUUCGCUUCAGGUUAUUUUCGAGGAAGCUGCGGAGCUGUCCUGGAGUCUUUGGACUCGUAAGGCUCGCAUGCGUAUUGAAAUUCCCCGGAACGGUGAGUUCGAAUAUCACUCACUCCACCUGCGAGAGCUGGAUGAUGACCCAAAGUUCCUCGAUGGUAAAGAGGAGAUUCUACUGUGCGACGCCACAGUCGUGAUGUAUGGCGACGCAGAGGGACAAGAUUUCCACAAGCGGCAUGUGGUCAAGAAAGCUGUUCUUUGGAUGGGCUGA